UGCGGGCUGAGGAGAGAGCAUAGUGGAGGCGAGAGAGUGUUCAGGAGAGAGGGAGUUAAGAGUGUGUUUCAGGGAGAGGGAGUGAGAGCGCGAUCGAGGGAGAGCUCAGAGAAGGCGGAGAGGACACAGCUGCAGCAGCAGCAGCGGCGGCGGCGGGGGCUUUUAGUCUGAGCUCAGAAGGGAGGAAAUAAGGACCGGGGGUGGGUUGGUUUCUUUUUCGUGCAUGCUUCUUUCUUUAAAAAAAAAAAUAUUUUUUUUAUUCGCACGGUCCAGUGGUGCUCCGCUGAACAAAAAUUCCCUCCCUAAGCCCGGACCUCGCUUCCAGGGACAGGCGGCUCUCUCUGUCAAUUGUAUUGCCAAAGGACUAGGAGCGAUCCUCCCGUGUGUCUUAAGCCUGGAUUGAGGGAAGCGAAGGAUAGGGACAGGGACAAGGAGCGAGCGCAGGCUGGGGGUGGAGGCGGCUGGGCUGCGGGUGUUCUUGCCCUCUCCUUUGCCCUCCCGGGUCUCCUCUUCGUGGCCGAGGCCAGAAACCGCUCCCAGAAGGGCGCGCACCAUGAAAGCCGUGAGUCCCGUCCGCCCCUCGGGCCGGAAGGCGCCGUCGGGCUGCGGCGGGGAGCUGGCGUUGCGCUGCCUGGCUGAGCACAGCCACAGCUUGGGAGGCUCCGCGGCGGCCGUGGCUGCAGCGGCGGCGGCGCGCUGCAAGGCGGCCGAGGCGGCGGCGGAGGAGCCGUCCCUGUGCCUGCAGUGCGAUAUGAAUGACUGUUACAGCCGCCUCAAGAAACUGGUGCCCACCAUCCCGCCCAACAAGAAAGUCAGCAAAGUGGAGAUCCUGCAGCACGUUAUCGACUACAUCCUGGACCUGCAGCUGGCGCUGGAGACGCACCCGGCUCUGCUGAGGCAGCAGCCCCCGCCGCCGCCGCCGCCGCUGCAUCACCCCUCCUCCGGGAGCUAUCCCGCCGGACCCCCCCGGACCCCUCUCACAGCCCUCAACACAGACCCGGCUGGUGCUGUUAACAAACAAGGGGACAGUAUUUUGUGCCGCUGAACUGCAUGCGCUCUUAAGGUGUGCAGCAGGCAGAGCCAGAGGAGCACAGAGAGAGACAAAUUAGAGAGGGAGGGGGAAAAGAAAAAAAAAUCAGCCAUCAGAGGAAAGGAAAAAAAAUCAGCAAACCCUAGAAUCCUUUUCAUGGUCAUUCCAAGAAAAAAAAAACCCUUCACCCUUUUUUGCACGUUCAUAAGCAUUUAAACAUGAUAUCUGUUUUGUCUCUUCAUUUAUAGCAGCUGUGAAUUGUACAUUUCUGUGUUUUUUGGAGGUGGGGUUAAACUUUUGAGGAGAAAGUGUGACUGGACUGAUGAAUAGAAGAUCAAGAGUAAAUCAAACUUUAGCAGUAUACUUUGUGACCAAGGAGCUGAAUUUUUUUUUGAAGCUUUACUAAUCUACCAGAGCAUUGUAGAUAUUUUUGACAUCUAUUGUUUAAAAUAGAUGAUUAUAUUGGGGCCAGGGAACUUUCUUCUCCCUGUGAGAAUGUUACAUAUUGUAUAGAUAACUGAGUGACAUUUCAUACUGUGUAUAUAUAGAGAUGUUCUAUAAGUGUGAGAAAAGUAUAUGCUUUAAUAGACUACUGUAAUUAUAAAAUAUUUUUAAUUAAAUAUUUUUUGUAAAUAUUAUAAGUGUGUGUUUUCUUAAUCUGUGGGAAUAUUUCUUUUGCAAAAUUAUUUUUCAGCUCAGUUACAGAGCUGACAAUAUGAAAAUAUCUGGAAUGUCUCUUUUGUUUGGUUUGGCUUUUAAUUUGUUUUUGUUUUGCCCAAUGUCUUAGACUCGGAAGUUACAGUUAUAGCUAGUGGUCCUGCAUGACUGCAUGAGAUGUUUAAUCACAAAUAAACUUGUUCUGAGUCCAUACAAAAUGUGUUUUCUUUGAUAUAGAUGGAAAACCUUGUAUUUGUACCAUGCAUUCUGAAAAUACACUGUCAGUUGAGGUACAGGACAAUUUAGUGUAUUAUAUAAGAAGAGCAUUUAGAAGGAAUAUGCUGGCUUUUGUUUGUUUUUCUUUUAAAGAUACAAAAAGUGGAUUCUAAAGACUUUUUUUGCAUAUUGGUUCGGUAAAUGCUUGGAUCUUUAAGAGUGUAAGAAAUCUGUUGUUGCAUCAAAAUGAAAAGAAAUUUACUCACCAAAUUUCAUUUUACACUAAAGCUUAAUAAUCACAAACUUACAUGUCUGUACAGAAUAAUAAAUUAUAGAAACAAAAAAUGUUCUCUGCUUGCAACCAAAGGACAAACUCCUACUAAUAAACAAUUACUGUUUCCUUUCUCCAAAGAAUAAUGAUAGGUGACUGGGGAAAACAGCAUAAUGGCAAAUCCUUCAAGCAGGGGUAUGUUGUAAGUCAAUUUUCAAACGUUAACUUAAGUAGACCAAAAAAAAAAUCUGAUGGCCGCAUCUAGAUUAUUUUUUAUAUAAAAUGACUUUCACUACAACUGUGUUAGUUACAGUUAAGGAACUGUUAAGUCUCUUGUGAUGUAUAACUUUUACAUGUGAACAUUAAAGUAGAUUUACCUGUCUCGUA